AUGAGGUUCGUGAUUCGUGGCAAAUUGAGCCCUAGGUAUGUUGGUCCGUUCGAGAUCUUGGACAGAGUUGGAGAAGUGGCAUAUCGUUUGGCUUUACCACCAGCUUUAUCAAGUGUGCAUAAUGUAUUUCAUGUUUCAAUGCGGAGGAAAUAUAUUCCGGACCCGAACCAUGUGGUAGAUUUUGAGCCUAUAAGUCUGCAUGAGGAUCUGACUUAUGAAGAGUACCCGGUACGGAUUGUGGAUAGAAAGGAUCAAGUAUUGCGAAGUCGGACCAUUCCUUAUGUAAAGGUGCAAUGGAGCAACCACUCCAAAAGAGAGGCCACUUGGGAGCUCGAAGAAGAAAUAAAAGCCAAACACCCUCAGCUCUUUGGUAUUCCAGGUUCAUAUGGCACGAGGGCGUGGUAG